AUGGGAAAAUCAACAAAUCAUAGCAAGGAAUGGACGCAGAUGAACUCGAUCUACGGAAUGGAGCAAUGGCAAACCCUAAUUUUCCUCUUAUGUCAAGCAAUUUUAUUGUCUGUGUUAUCUGUUCUUUAUCUGGUUUACUUUAAUUCAAUUUGCGGUUUCUUCGAGAGAGUAAUUUCUGGCACCGCCGUAGCCAGAUUCGCCGCCGGAUUUACCGGUUCAGUUACGGCUCUCUCCGCGGUGUGUCUUUUCUUCGCGGCGGCGAAUUUCUUUUACUCUGCCAUUCCGCUUCACUACGACAUGGCACAGAGGAUUGUCUCUGCCGUUAACGACUGGUCCUCCGUGAAGCUUGCUCUCGAUUUAGGUUGCUGCGGCCGCGGGAUCCUCCUCAACGCCGUCGCGACGCAGCUGAAGAAAGAAGGAAGCUCCGGCCGAGUCGUCGGUCUUGACAGAUCGAAACGGACGACGCUAUCAACUCUCCGGUCUGCGAAAAUGGAAGGCGUCGGAGAGUACGUGACAUGUCGUGAGGGAGACGCGCGUCGGUUGCCGUUUCCGGAUAAUUACUUCGAUGUGGUGGUUUCCGGCGUGUUUGUUCAUACAGUAGGGAAAGAGUACGGACAGAAAACGGCGGAGGCGGCAGCGGAGAGGAUGAGAGCGGUGGCGGAGAUGGUGAGAGUGAUGAAACCGGGAGGUGUAUGCGUUGUGUGGGACCUAGUGCACGUGCCGGAGUACGUGCUUAGGUUGCAGGAAUUAAAGAUGGAAGAUGUUAGAGUUUCGGAACGUGUAACCGCUUUCAUGGUCAGUAGUCACAUUGUAUCAUUCAGGAAACCAAGUCAGCACGUGCAUGGACCCGCUGAGGUUCGCUUGGAUUGGAGAUUAUGCUGA